UACAUUUGUAAAUUCAUUUUCGGAAACAUUGGGGAACAGAGUCGAAUUUCAAUCAAGAAUUUGGCAAAGCUGAUAGGAAGGAGAGUGAAUAGUGAGUGAUGGAGGAAACAAUACCCUUCAAAACCCUCCACAGCAGAGAGUACCAAGGCCAUAAGAAGAAGGUGCAUUCGGUGGCAUGGAAUUGCACGGGGACGAAGCUGGCCUCCGGCUCGGUUGAUCAGACGGCCCGUAUUUGGCAAAUCGAACCUCACAGCCAUGGUAAGGUAAAAGAUAUUGAACUAAAAGGGCACACUGAUAGUGUGGAUCAGUUAUGCUGGGAUCCAAAACACGCUGAUUUGAUUGCAACAGCAUCGGGUGACAAGACUGUUCGUCUGUGGGAUGCUCGCAGUGGAAAAUGCUCUCAGCAAGCGGAACUCAGUGGGGAGAACAUUAAUAUCACUUAUAAGCCUGAUGGCACUCACAUAGCUGUUGGUAACAGGGAUGACGAGUUAACAAUACUGGAUGUACGCAAAUUCAAGCCCAUACAUAAACGCAAGUUCAACUAUGAGGUCAAUGAGAUUGCGUGGAACAUGACUGGCGAUAUGUUCUUUUUAACUACAGGGAAUGGUACUGUUGAAGUGCUCGCAUAUCCAUCGCUUCGAGCAGUUGAUACCCUCAUGGCUCACACAGCUGGUUGUUAUUGCAUUGCAAUUGACCCACUGGGAAGAUAUUUUGCAGUUGGAAGUGCUGAUUCUUUAGUUAGCCUUUGGGAUAUAAAAGACAUGCUCUGUGUCCGUACAUUCACAAAACUCGAAUGGCCUGUUCGGACGAUAAGUUUCAAUCACACUGGAGAAUAUAUUGCUUCUGCUAGUGAGGACUUGUUCAUCGAUAUAGCCAAUGUUCAAACAGGGCGAUCGGUCCACCAAAUUCCAUGUCGAGCUGCCAUGAACAGUGUGGAAUGGAAUCCCAAGUACAACUUACUUGCAUAUGCCGGAGAUGAUAAAAACAAAUAUCAGGCUGAUGAAGGUGUUUUCCGAAUAUUUGGCUUUGACAGUGCAUAGUUCAACCGCACACUGAGGCAUCAAGUUUACUUGAUUUUCUGAAUAUCUAAGGUUUUUUGCAUGCUGUUAAUUGUUACGUCAGAGUGCAUGUAUUCACUUUUACCCUUAAAAAGUUUUCCUUGCAACAGGCGAAGCCUCUAAGCCCUUUGAUAUUAUGAAUGCAAGUUAACAUCUGAACAAAAUUAUUCCUUGGUAAUUAUAGACGGGCAGGAUGAUGAACUGUGGAGACUCUUUUCCCGGCAGAGGUUAAGUCUUGGGUGGUGCUCUUCCUGGACGGCGGGGGUUGGGGGGUGGGCGUUGUAUGUUUCUGCCAUUGGUUAAGAAUUCUUGGAAGAAAAUGAACAGACCGCCAAAACAAGAGAGUGGUUGACCAUUUUGCUGGCCGGAUAGCCUGAUUGAGAGAGAUUCUUUACAUUCGUCAAAUGUUCAGCUGUUAUAGAUAUUUGAAUGAUCAAGAAACCCAGAAAUCCAACGCUCAUAUUUCGGUCU